AAAAAAAUACUACUCACCCGACUUCCUCUAUCAUAAUGGCCUCCAAGGCUCUUCCCACACACCUUCGCGCCCCGGCGAACGAGGCCUCCACUGGCUCCUUCGAGGGCAAGCACCAUGGCAAGUCCCAGUCGCACAUGGCCUUCGAGAAUGCCUCCACCAGCGUGGCUGCUUCACAGAUGCGCAAUGCGCUGAACGCCCUCUCCGACUCGGUCACCGAUGCCAGCGAGAAGAAGCGCUUCGAAGCUGAGAUGGACAACUUCUUCGCCCUGUUCCGCCGCUUCCUCAACGACAAGGCCAAGGGCAACUCCGUCAACUGGGACCGCAUUGCUCCUCCCCAGCCCUCGCAGGUCGUCGGCUACGACGAGCUCGGUGCUGACGCCUCCGUCGAGUUCCUGAACAAGCUCGCCGUCGUCAAGCUGAACGGUGGUCUCGGUACCUCCAUGGGCUGUGUCGGCCCCAAGUCCGUCAUCGAGGUCCGUGAGGGUAUGUCCUUCCUGGAUCUGUCCGUCCGCCAGAUCGAGCACCUCAACCGCACCUUCAACGUCAACGUUCCCUUCGUCCUCAUGAACUCCUUCAACACCGACCAGGACACCCAGUCCAUCAUUAAGAAGUACGAGGGCCACAACGUCGACAUCAUCACUUUCAACCAGUCCCGCUACCCCCGUAUCAUUAAGGACUCGCUCCUGCCCGCCCCCAAGAGCUUCGACUCACCCCUGCAGGAUUGGUACCCUCCCGGCCACGGUGACGUCUUCGAGUCGCUGUACAACUCCGGCACUCUCGACAAGCUGAUCGAGCGUGGCAUCGAGUACAUUUUCCUGUCCAACGCCGACAACCUGGGUGCCGUCGUGGAUCUGCGCAUCCUCCAGCACAUGGUUGACUCCAAGGCCGAGUACAUCAUGGAAUUGACCGACAAGACCAAGGCCGAUGUCAAGGGUGGUACCAUCAUCGACCAGGACGGCAAGGUCCGCCUGCUCGAGAUUGCCCAGGUGCCCAAGGAGCACGUCAACGAGUUCAAGUCCAUCAAGAAGUUCAAGUACUUCAACACCAACAACAUCUGGAUGGACAUCCGCGCCGUCAAGCGUGUUGUGGAGGAGAACGAGCUCGAGAUGGAGAUCAUCGCCAACGAAAAGUCCAUCCCCGCUGACAAGAAGGGUGAGGCCGACCAGGCCAUCUACCAGCUGGAGACCGCCGUCGGUGCGGCCAUCCGCCACUUCAAGAACGCCCACGGUGUCAACGUGCCCCGUCGCCGCUUCUUGCCCGUCAAGACCUGCUCCGAUCUGAUGGUCGUUAAGUCCGAUCUGUACCGCCUCGAGCAUGGCCAGCUGGUCAUGGACCCCAACCGCUUCGGUGGUGUUCCCGUCAUCAAGCUCGGCUCCGACUUCAAGAAGGUCUCCGACUUCCAGAAGCGCAUUGCCAGCAUUCCCCGCAUUGUCGAGUUGGACCACCUGACCGUGACCGGACCCGUUAACCUCGGCCGCAACGUCACCCUCAAGGGCACCGUCAUCAUCGUGGCCACCGAGGGCAGCACCAUUGACAUUCCCCCGGGUUCCGUCCUGGAGAACUGCGUGGUGCAGGGUAGCCUGAGAAUCCUGGAGCACUAAGCACUAAGCACCAAGCAUAGAGUGUUUUUG